AUGAGCUGUGACUCCCAUGUCAAACUGCCGUCUUUCAUUGACCUCUAUGAGAUGGACUCUGUCCCCGUGAGCAGGACUAGCGUGGCGUGGGGUGCAUGUCGUCCCCUUGGUCUUGCCAAGCAGACAUGGCAUUUUGGCAGAAUCUCCUCCCUCUGGUCCUCCGCUCCCCCAGGACCUCCCGAGAACACAGACCUAACUUGUUUCCCAUCUUCUGGGCUACAAACAGAACCAAACAAAUAUGCUGCACAGUGCUGCCAAAAGACCCGUCACUUAACAUCACUCCUACAACAACCGCUAACUCCAGCUGUGUGUCCAUCAGGCCGGCCCGCGGUCACUGUCCCAGAAUUUACGGGGGCUUUCCCCGCCGCUCCGAAAGGCUAUUUCCAUUCCACGGUCCUCCACCUCCGCCCCCACUCCAGCAGCCCCCUGGGAGCCCCUCACUCUGGCUGA